AUGAUUCAAAGCAUAAACACACUUAUCAAUAAUCUCCCAUCGUAUGGGGUAAAGUCUGGAGUCGCUAACAAGAAUGAGGCAGCGUGCUCAAUCACUAGUUUGGAAUCUAAAGAGAUAGAAGUGGACACCAAGUCUAUUCAUUCCUUGUCAGAAGGUUCUUCUUCUUUAUCAUCACCACGUUCGUCUCCCAUAUCAAGCACAGAUUCGAUUAGUAUUCACGAUUUCAAAAUAUCAUCAUCGCUCGAUUUGAUUAUAAAAUCGUUUAGGGACCCAUUGACAGAUAACAACUUGGAAAAACACUCAGAGCUUCUUUUAUCCGACUUUAACUCAUCAUUGACGGAAAAUUCUAUAACAAUGUUGCCAAAUUAUAAUAUCUCACCAGCUGGGGAUGAAAAUGGACUGUAUUUGGUUGUCGAUCUAGGUGGAUCUACACUUCGAGUUGCAGUAGUUGACAUUGCACCGCAAGACGAAAAAUAUGACUCUAGAUCUGAUCGAAUAAAUGUUGUUGUUGAGGAAAAAUGGCUAAUAUCAAACGAAUACAAGGUUAUUAACCGCAACUUUUUCAAAUUCAUUGGAUCAAAGAUUAUGGAGACUAUAAAAAAGCAAGAAAUAUUGAAGCUGUCUGAUAUUAUAAAAACUGGUAUCACUUGGUCAUUUCCUUUGGACACGACAAGUUACAAUAAUGGUAAAAUUCGCCAUGUGUCAAAAGGAUACACAAUUGGAGACGAUAUUUACGACAAAGAUUUGAAACAGUUGUUUGAAUCUGUUUUUCAAGAGGAGUUCAACGUAAAAGUUGAUAUCAGAUCAAUCUUGAACGACUCAUUAGCUGUGUACGCAGCAGGAGCAUUUUUGGAUGAGAAAAUGAGAUUAGCUAUGGUGUUGGGGACCGGAUUCAAUAUGUGCUGCUCAUUGGAGGCAAGUAAAGACAAUAUGCAUCCAAGCAAAUUGAUUGACAAAAAGAUGCUUUUCAACACUGAAUUAUCAUUGUUUGGACAACAUUUAUGUGAUGAUUUUGCUACAAAGUAUGAUGCCAUUAUUGACGAUCGAUUUGACAAUUUCAAACACCAUUUUAAAACGUAUUCACUGCCUGACCCCGAGACAAACACUAUUUUUCAACCUCAUGAGUUGAUGACCAGUGGUAGGUACUUGCCUGAGUUGACUCGAUUAGUUUUAGCUGAAUUGAUUGAAAGGAAGGAGAUUUUCACUGAAUUCGAUAGCGAGGAGCUAAACAUAAUUCUGAAUGUCAAAUACGAUGGUUUUGAAGGUGAGCUUAUGUGCUUCAUUAAUGAAAGUCACGAUUUUGAUGCCAUUGGUGAAAGGAUUUGUCAAGUAUACCAGUGGAAAAAAACAAUUUCAGAUUCAGACAUUUCCAUAAUCAGAUAUGUAAUCAAGGCGAUUAUACAAAGAGCAGCUUUCAUAGUUGCAAACGCAAUCAUUGCUUUUUUCAAACUUAUAAAGCAGUACAAUAGGUUAGAUGACUUAAAGGGAUUGUUAACAAUUGGUUACGUUGGAUCAGUGUUGAACCAUUUCCACAACUAUAGAAAUUUGGUUAUCAAUUAUGUCAAUUCAAGUGAAGAUGCCAAGGCUUGUGGUUACAAGAUUGAUUUGGAAUUGAUUGAAAACAGCUCAAUAAUUGGAGCUGCGAUUGGAGCAGCUUACUAUUCAAAGUAA